UCGGUUACACUGGGCGGGACAGGCGGGCGGUUGUGGGCAUCGAUGGCGUUUGGGAGGCACACCCAAGACAAAGCCGGGCCACGGCCACGGCCACGGCACUGCUGGCUUGCCUGCCAGAAGCACUCAGACGACCACCUCGUGCUCACCCACAUGCCAGAGACCCCGACGAAAAAUACCAGCCUCUUGGUACCAGUCUGCGGGUCACGCGAACACUGCUGCUGCUACUACUACAGACAGCUGCUACACAUCUGGCCAAGUGGAAUAUAAACUCUACUUGGGGUGUAUCAACAACGCCCACAACACACAGGCGCUAUAUACCGCGCACACGCACACCAGGUGGCAAACGUUGGUCUAGCGACCACGCCCAGCCCAUCAGCUCUCCCAACUCACAACGACCGACCGUCGGCCCCACCUCGAGAGGCUUGCGGAUCCCAAGCAACCAAAGCAGCCAAGGAAGGCGGCGCGGCUCGGCGGCAGCGGCAGCGGCUCCAAGCAACAUCGCCCAAAAGUAGUCGCAGUGGCCCCCAAGUGGCUCUCAGGAGGCGCGCGGCUCACCCGUAGUGGUCGCCUGACACCCUCGUGCGUUAUCCGGCAGACGCACGUUUAAACACUACACCCACGAUUGUCACCCACGGUGGAGGACCACCGUCAUUGCUGGGCGGGGCAGCACACGCAUCACACGACUGGGCUGGGACGGUGCACCUGCACCUGCACCUGCCGCACCCGCUCCUGCAGCACGAGCAGCAGCUGUUGUAUAUCCCCACCUUGUACCCCCUCGACGUCGCUUCCUCUUUCCUCCAUCGUCAUGGCCUGGGUACAGUCGCCAGUCGCCUCCACCUCGACGUCGACUUCCGUCUCCGUCUCUCCCACCUCUCCCACCUUUGGCCUGCACUCGCUCAGUCUCACCGUCCCCACGUCUCUGAGCGCGCACUUGGCACCACCGCCAGGUCACCAGCAGCAGCGCUACCACUCGCCACAGCAGCAGCACCACCACCUGCCGCCGCAGCAGCAGCGCGUCCCUCGCCCGCCAUCAGCCUCAGCAGCAGUCUACUCCGCCAUGGCGCCCCCUCCGGUCCCCUCCUCGAACCGGAAGCGCAAGUCGUACACGGACGUGCGGUCGUCGGCGUCGCCAGCACCCGAGUCGUCGGCCUCGCCGUCAAGCCACGCCGAGGAGGGCGACUCGGAGUAUGACCCUUCGCGCAUGCACAACGCGCAACGCGCGCCCGUUCGCGCCAAACGCGCAAUCCAGGCCAAGCCUGCCCCCGCCCCCGCGGCACCGCCCGCGCAGGCGCAGAAGAUUGGCCCCGGAGGACGGCCAAUGUCGCGCGAGCAGCUUCGCAAGGCCAACCACUCGUUGAUUGAGCGCCGGCGGCGAGAGAAGAUCAACGCCGCACUGAGCGACCUCCGCGAGAUGGUGCCCGGCCUCGGAGGCGAGGGAGCUGGAGGCAAGGGCGGCGAGUUCAAGCUCGAGGUGCUUGAACGGACAGUCGAACACAUGCGCGAGCUCAAGGCGCAGCUCGAGGACAUGCAGAGCCGGCUAGCCGGCCUGUCAUCAGCACCCAAGGCGUACAAGAAGCGCCGGCCGAGCGACGACGACGACGUCGACAUGGACGACCACGACGACAGCCCGCCGCGCCGCCCGGCCCACACCCCGGUCCAGCCCGUCCACGCCGGCAGCUACAUUGCACGCAAGCCUGCGGCGUCGUCGACGCCUCCCUCGCCGUCCGUCACCCCGCCGCUGCACCACACGACUGUGCUCUCGUCCCCCGACCCAAACGAGACUGAGCCUGAAUUCGACCUGCCACCUCCACUUACCAUGGCUUCGAAACGUGUGUCACAGGAUGACACUAGUAGUUCGGCCCGCACGGCCUCGCCCCACCCGCCGUCGAUCGCCUCUCUGCUUGCCUCGUCGGCCCAGUCGCAGCGCUCUUCCACAGGCGCGUCGACUGCGCGCCCAAGCGCAGGCCCAAGCCCAAACAUCUACCUGCCCUUUCCGACCCCCUCGCCGACGUCGCCGUUCCUCACGUACCACCCGUCGUCGGCGUCGACGGCCAGCUCGACCACGGGCCCGCCCGAGCCGAGUCCGUUCAUGGCCCCGCUUCAGAACAUCUCGCUGUUCGGCGGCGCGCUCGACAAUUCGAGCGCCUCACCGUACGAGGGCCCCACGUCGGGCAAGCAGCCCUCACCGCCGGACCUCGUCAUGCCCCCGCCGUCGUCGGCCAACGGGCGUGACAUGGCCCCCGAGGAGGCGGCCAAUCUCUUGCUCGCCAUCUCGUCCCCCGACACGCUGCACCCCACGCGGACGGGCACGACGCCGCUCAUGUCUGCCGUCAGCGGGCGUUCUAGGGCACUGGAGAGCGAGGACUUUACUCUGGACGGAGGCGUCGCAACUGCGACUCAUGCUCGCACCACGGUCAAGGUCGAACAACAUGGACAAAAGUACCGCUCGCAGGGCAAGACGGCGCGCGACAUUCUUCGGAUGUAGGUAGCAGCAGCAGCGAGUGCGAGUGUCGAGUGUACGCGUAGAGCAAAGAGGGUAAAAUACAUAGACUUGUACGUACAUAUACACUAGCGAUGAUCCGGGCUCUUCGGUGUUA